AUGGCAACGCUUCCACCCUUAAAACAUUCCAAGGCCACCGCGGAAUCUAAAAGGUACCAAGCUUUGCUAGAGUUUAUGGAAAAUAACAAUUUGCAAAUCGUGCAAUUUAACGGUCAACGCGUCACCACCCCUCGCAACAUCAACAUGGCGGCUCCGGAACGCGGUUCCGAAAUAUUCAUCGGGAAAAUACCGCGCAGUAUCUUCGAGGACGAGCUGAUUCCUUUGUUUGGACAUGCCGGCGUGAUCAUUAAGUUUCGCCUGAUGCUGGAUUUUUGCGGACUCAAUCGCGGCUACGGUUUCGUUACCUACGCUAGCGCGGGAGACGCGGAUCGUGCCGUCGCCAUGAUGGAUCGUUACGAGAUACGCCACAAUCGACAUAUAGGGGUGUACAAGUCGAUCGAUAAUCGUAGAUUGUUCAUGGGCCACGUUCCCGUCGACAAGACCAAGCAGGAGAUCUACAGGGUUCUCAACGAGUACGUCGACGGAAUUACGAAUAUCAUCAUGUAUCCGGCCCAAAUUUUGGGGGACGUUAAUCGCGGUUACGUUUUCAUCGAAUUUGCCGAUCACAAGGCGGCCGCCAUGGCCCGACGACAGCUUCGUUCCGGCUUGGCGCUGUGGGACAGCGAGAUCGCGGUUGAUUGGGCCGAUCCCAUUCCGGAAGUCUCUGAGGAGAUUAUGAGCCAGGUGAAGAAACUCUACGUCCGGAAUUUACCUCUAUACUACAACGAAGCAAUCAUACGCAUCUCUCUUUCUAAGAUAAUCGACGCAUCCUCUAUCGUUAAGAUACACAAGAUCAAGGACUACGCAUUUAUUCACUUCGACGACCGCCAAACUGCCGAAUUUGCUAUGAAUAUGUUGAAACUCAGCUCCAUUUUGGGCGAGGAAGUCGAAGUCGACUGGGCCCGUCCGGCCAGAUUCAGCAAGUUCCAGCGCAUGAACGCACCUGCACCGAAUUUCUGCACGUCGGUCCCGCCUCGCAUGAGAAGGAUUGUGCAAGAAUGUAGAAAGUCCAUGAGUAGAGAGUCAACGGUCCGAUCUACAGGAUCCGAUACCACUGUUGAGGGUUCCAGAGCCUACGAUGGCACAUUUGAAUUGUCGAAUGCCGAACGUCUAAUUGACAUCGACACCGCCCUAUUGUCAGCGCACGUUACCAAUUAA